AAGUGGGUGGUGCUGGAGUGUUGGUGAACCCCAGCGGUAUGGGUGUGCCUAUAGGGCGCAGGGGGCGUGUCGAUGGGCGGUGUCAGGCAGUAGGUGGAGCUCGCAGAGGUGCUGGCGGCCAGUAGUGAGAGAGCAGAUGGCGGAGGAGGCGGCUGGGGGUUCGGGGCUGCCCCGGACAUGAGCCCCCGGGCGCGGACAGGCGAGCAUGAAGGGUCCGGAGGGUCGGAACGGAUAUGUGCGGAGUUGUGUGAGCCCUUUGCCCGCGGAACCCCCGUCCCUAUGCCGGCUGUGCGGGCUGCGGUGCCCGGUGGCUGCUGUGUGCGGGGCGGGGGUGCUGGGACUGGCCGCGCUGUGCGGCUUCCCGGGGCUGGGCCAGGCCGUCAGUCCGCUCUUCAGUAUCGGCUCUGCCUAUUUCUUCCUGACGCGCAGUGUGUGGCCCCGGAGCCGGGGGGCCCUGGUGGCGCUGCCACUUUGCUGUUCCCUGGGGGAGGUGCUUGGAGCCGGGGACGCGGUGAGGCUAGGGGCGGUGCUGGGCUCCGUGGGGCUCGUGGCGCUUUAUCAGGCGCUGAGACUGGGGGAGUCUGUGCUGCUUCUUCUCUUUUCCAGUCUCAUCUGGCUCCUUACCGCUUCUGGCCUGGGGGCCCUUCCUGCUGGACUCCGGGCCCUGGGGAGCUGUCUGGCCGGAUUGGGGGGCGUACUCUUGGCUUUGGCUUCUGGUCCAGCCCCUCCUCCGAGGAGCAGUGUUCUGGAGGUGGAUAAAGUCCCGGUGAUUCGGCCCCGCAGGAGAUCCAGCUGUGUGUCCCUUGGAGAGACCCCCAAUUCCUACUAUGGGGGCAGUAAAAUGGGGCGGAGACCUUCCCUACCCUGUAUCUCCCGUGAGCAGAUGAUCCUGUGGGACUGGGACCUGAAGCAGUGGUACAAACCCCAAUACCAGAACGCCGGAGGUGGCAACGGAGUUGAUCUCUCAGUCCUCAACGAGGCACGAAACAUGGUCACCGACCUACUGGCCGAUCCCUCCCUCUCGCCCCAAGCGAUCUCCUCCCUCCGUAGCAUCAGCAGCUUGAUGGGGACUUUCUCAGGCUCAUGCAGACCAAAAAUCAACCCCUUCACCCCCUUUCCUGGCUUCUAUCCCUGUCCCGAAAUGGAGGAUCCUAUGGAUAAAGUAGAACGGAAACCUCACAAGGGGUUGAACAGCCGCAGCAGUCUGCCAACCCCCCAGCUCCGCCGCAGCUCAGGGGCAUCAAUUCUGCCUCCCAUGGAGCUGCCUCCUCGAUGGGAACGCAGCAAUGGCAAGAGGCCCCACCAGGAAUACAUGGGUGCAAGCCAAGGAUCGUAUCCAAACGGACCCUACAGUUCCAACCUCCUCACGAUACCAAAGCAACGAUCCUCGUCUGUAACGCUGACCCACCACAUUGGCCCCAGGAGAGCUGGUACCUCUCCGUCUCUCAGCCCAGUAAAUUCCCCCAGCCAUGGUUCUGGGUUCAGUCGGGCGCCCAUUGAAUUCCCCGACACGGCCGAUUUCCUCACCAAGCCGAGCAUCACUCUCCAUAAAUCUGUGGGACUUGCGUCCACUUCUCAGGAUUUCCAGCCGCAUGUCCGGUCCACCACGAGCCAUAUUUGUACCAGUUGUGGGCGUCCGAUUUUGAAGACUCUCUCCAAUGUGGAAGUGACAGAUACUAGUUCCCAGUCGGCCACAGAUCAGGCCGGACGCCAGGCAGUUGAAAGCGGCACCAGCCAAAAGGAACCGGGGCAUUUAAAGGAGAAGGUGCCGGAGACCCGACUGCAGAAAGACACCAGGAAUGUGCCAGAAACCCACGAGCCUUACUCAGAGCCAGGGAGCGCCAACCGGGAAUCUGAGAUGAAAGAAGAGUCCCCCCUGGAGCUGAUGCUGAUCCAAGACCAGGAUUCGCUGUUGGACAAAUUGGACAAUUGGAACUUUCCCAUAUUUGAUCUGGUGGAGCGGACGGGAGGGAAGUCGGGGAGGAUCCUCAGCCAGGUUUCCUAUGCUCUAUUUCAAGAUACGGGUUUAUUUGAGAUUUUUAAAAUCCCUCUGCGAGAAUUCCAGAACUUCUUUAGAGCCUUGGAAAGUGGCUACCGGGAUAUUCCAUACCAUAAUCGUAUUCACGCCACAGACGUGCUCCACUCAGUGUGGUACUUAAGCACCCGGCCAAUCCCAGGGUUCCAAGACAUUCACAGCGAUGAUACAGAUCCAGAUGCAGAGGGCGGAGCCACACAAGAGUUCCUGGCAUCAAAGACUUGCAAGCUUCUAGAUGAUAGCUAUGGGUGUCUUUCAUCCAAUAUCCCUGCUCUUGAGUUAAUGGCCCUGUAUGUGGCAGCAGCCAUGCAUGACUAUGACCACCCUGGUCGCACAAACGCAUUUCUUGUGGCCACCAAUGCACCGCAGUGCUCAAAACGUGAGAACACCAUACUACCCGUGUAUGCUGAAGCUUUAAAAACCCAUUCGCAACUUACCCCAGAGGAAUGGGAGCAGCUGUUGGAUGGAACCUCGCUCUGUCGCCUUUUGGACAGGAGGCGUAAUCCAAAGGAAGAAGCCGUUCACCCCAUUGUAAACUACACAACUUUGGCCAGGAAUGCGCAUGCUCACCCCCGGUAUGUACCGGCCUCCAUGUCAGUCUCCGUUACAGGCCACGCCCUCUACUUACUUCCUUCGGGUGGAGAAAGGAUCAUUUUUUACAAACGUUAUAUCGAUGACCUGCUAUUACUGUGGCAGGGAACAGAGGGGGAACUCAUGGAAUUCCAUAAAUGACCUAGACUCCCCCAUUAAGUUGACGAUGACACAUGACGGACAAAAGAUUGAUUAUCUAGAUGUGAGUAUUUAUGUACAGGACCAAGGGCUACAUACCACAUUACAUAGGAAGCCAACAGACAGAAAUAGUCUUAUACAAGCACAGUCCCACCACCCUCCUCAUAUGUCCCGGGGGGGGGGGGUCUGUAUUCACAAUUCCUAAGAGUGAUUAGGAAUAAUUUCAAUCGGGAGAAAGCUGAACUAUAACUCACCACACUAGCAAAACAGUUUGCCUCUAGAGGGUAUUCGGAUGCUCUCAUAGGAGAACAGCUUGAGAGGGCUCGUCUCCAUAAGCAGAAUGACCUAUUACAGAAACAAAAGAAACCAUCCAAGGAGGGUUUGGAUCCUAUCUUUAUUACUGAAUGGACUGAUGCCAGCCAACAAGUGAAGAAGGCUCUGAGGGACUGAUGGGAAAUAGUAAACUCUGAAGCCAACUUACCUUUUUAUGAUAAGAAGACCCAUGAUAGCCUAUAGAAGAGGACGCAACCUAAGUGUAGGAGCCGAAACGUUGCAAUAAAUCAUUUUUAUUUUUGCACCUUAUAAGUCCUGUGAGUGCGGUUUUUUUGUUGUCCAAGUUACAAUUUUUCAUAAUCUGCACCCUGGCAGUUGCCUAUAUUUACAAGAGUGCUCCAGCUGUAUGAAAGAUUAUAUAUAUAUAUAUAUAUAUCUAUAUCUAUAUCUAUAUAUAUAUAUAUAUAUAUAUAUAUAUAUAUUUUGAUGGUUGAUCUUAACUGAUGAUGGUUAAUGACAAGGACCCAUGUUGAAUGAUGAUGGUUAAUGGUGACGUGUGAAAUGAUGACGACUGAUGGUGACUGAUGAAGAUUGAUGAUGGUUGAUGAUCAAGACUUGCGUGGAAUGAUGAUGGUUGGAUGAUAACGGUUUAUGAUGACGACUAAUGAUGACAAUCCAUGUUGAAUUAUGAUGGUUAAUGGUGACUGAUGAUGCUGACUCAUGAAGACUGAUGGUUGAUAAUGACCCUUGUGGAAUGAUGAUGGAAUGUGGGAUGAUGAUGAAGACUGAUGACUGUUAAUGGUGUCUGAUGAAGACACAAUGGUUGAUGAUAACGACUUGUGUAUAAUGACGGUUGGCUGAUAUUGAUGGCUGAUGAUAAUUACUGAUGAUGGUAAAUGAUGUCGAAUGAUGAUGGUUAAUGGUGACUGAUGAUGACUCAUGAAAACUGAUAAUAAUAUAUAUUAUGGAUGGAUAUUAAUAUAUAUUAACUGAUGAUGGUUAAUGACCUGUGUUUCAUGAUGGUCGUUGGCUGAGGGAUGGCUGAUAAUGACUGAUGUUUAAUGAAUAUGACACAUGUUGAAUGAUAGUUUAUGGUGACUGAUAAUGGUUAAUAGUGACUGAUAAAGAGAAGAUGGUUGAUGAUGACUCGUGAGUGUUUCUUAUUGAUGGUUGGCCGAUAAUGGCUGAUGAUGACUACUAAUGAGAUUAUGGUAAAUGAUGACCUAUGUUGAAUGAUGGUGGUUAAUGGUGACUGAUGAUGAUAACUCAUGAGACUGAUAAUAGUUGAUGAUUAUGACCCAUGUGGAUCAAUGAUGGUUUCUGGUGAUGGUUGACAUUAACUGAUGAUGGUUAAUGACAAGGAACCAGGCUGAUAGAUGAUGGUUGGCUGAGGGAUGGUUGACGAAGGCUGAUGACGGAUAAUGAGGAUGACCCAUGUUUAAUGAUGAUGUUUAAUGGUGAAUAAUGACGAUUGAUGGUGGCUAAUGAUGGUUGAUGAUGAAAACCCACAUGGAGUGAUGAAUGACUGAUGGUUGGCUGAUGAUGGCUUAUAAUGACUGAUAAAUGGUUGAUGAAAACGGAUGAUGGUAAAUGACGAUGACCCAUAUAAAUGAUGAUGGGUGAUGACGACCCAUGUGGAAUGAUUAUGGUUUAUGGUGACUAAUGAUGGUUGAUGUUAACUGAUGGUGACUGAUGAUGCUAAUGAUGGUUGUUGAUCAGAACCCAUGUUGACUGAUGAUCACUGCUGAUUGUAACUGAUGAAGGCUGAUGUUGGCUGAAGAUACCUCUGAUAGAGGCUGAUGAUGGUUAAUGAAAGUUUAUGGAGGUUUGUUCCUAUCCCAGAUUAUGUAUCACAGUUUGUCUUCUCACUACUGGUACAGUCAGGCACACAACUGAGUAGUCUCACCCAAUCAGCAAACUGCCCACUCUGUAGAGCUUUCUAUUUUCAUGGUUCCCCCUAGUGGCAGAAUGCAAAAAUGCAUAUUAAUUAAAAUGUUAAAUUCCCCAAAAGUGAUUCUUAGAUGUAAAAAAAUAACCAACAAAAACAGUUACUGUCCCUUUAAACAGUUUGCACAGCCAAUGAAACGCCACUUUGCAUAUAUUCAAAAUUGUCUUAGUCUGUCCCUUUAUGCACUGGCUGUAUAUAUAUGGCACUCUAUAA